ACGAGGCUCUUGUCUGCGAUCGGCAGCCCCGCCCUCGUCUAUCUUUCUCACAGGAGAGAAGAUGAUGUGGAACAGAAGACCCAAACGUCCGAGGCAGUUCUUUUGGCCUGCGAGGUACACUCCGCGGCCUCUGCGCGCCACAUUCGCUUCGUCUGUUCCUGUGACUGGAUGCCCAUCUUGCAAAUGCGAGCACUUUGUCGGCCGCGCACGGCCAUCGCUAUCGCCAUCGUCAUCCGUUCCAAGAAGGGGUCCAGGCGACGCAAGUGGCUAUACAGGACGACAGCGGGAUCCCGACAGUCGAUUUGCCCCCGACAUAAACACAAAGAGAUUGCCACGUCCGACGUGCGGAUGUCCUGAGAGCCCAUCUGCAAGCAAAGGCGGCAACCAUAGCUAUGUAAUUGGUAACGUCAACCCUAAUUCAUUUGAUGGAAGGAAGGCGGGGAAGGACUCCAGAUGGCGCCACGUCAGCUCCUGCGGUCCGUCUUCUUCUCCAGAGAAUCCUCCAAGGAAGAAGAGGAACGGCGGGGAAGACGACGCUGUUGCUAUGGCGACAGGCGGGUCGGGGACUACUCCACCAUAUCCUACCUCUCCUCAAGAGGAAUCGCUUGAGCUGCCAGGCUUCCUUGAUUGGCCCCCACGCAACGAUCCAGAGCUGCCCGAGAUUCUGCGGUCGGCUUUUUCCCGACUACCAGCCCAUUUGAAAUCCACGCGCUAUACCCGCCACCACGUAGACGAUCGCGCGGGCAACGGUAAUAAUGAUGAUGACGUCAACGAAAUGAUCUGCAUAUGCGGGCACCCCUUCGGACCCGCCAACGGCGCGAGGGCCAAGUCAGCGGUGCGCUCAAAAAGCCGAGGCAUUCCUGCCGCUGACGAUCGCCGGAAGAGCUUAACAAGCGGCGGGAAAGCUGCCAAAGACGAGGGAGGAGGAGGAGGAGGAGGAGGAGGAGGAGGGAAGAAGGAGGGAGGAGAGAGAGGAGGAAACGAAGAGGGAGGGAGAGGCGGGAAACGAAGACGCGACCGCCGUUCCAUUUCCGAAGAUGGGAAUCCCUUAUUAGAUGUUGACUCUGAUCGUCGCCGUCGAUCGUCCGAACAAAUCAAAGGCCCCCCCCCGUUCGGGGUCAGUGAGUGGGAGAAUUGCAGGCUGCAGCUCUGGAUACACGACGAGCCUCCCCCAGCUUACCUUGGCUGGGACCAGGAAGUGGACAAUUUGCCCGAUGGUAAGUGGCCGGGCCCAUCGUUGGUUCCUGCGUCAGAUUAUCAUCGACGUAGGCUGUGGGCGCCUGGGGAGCCGGAGAAGGGAGAGGGAGGGAGAAUGGGAACAAGGAGGGAGAGUAGGCGGUGUCCUGCAUGCGGACGAAGGUUGUCCGUACGUCAGCCAUCGCCGUCAAUGACGUCAACGUCGGAGGCAUCAAGGUCAAAUGACAGAGAUGCAAGUCGGGAUGAGCGGAGAGAAGAAGAUGAGGAGGACACGGAGGGGCAGGGGGGAGGACAAGGAGGCCCACAGAAUGGAAAGGAACGGUCGAAGAAAGGAGAAGAGGAUGGGAGAGAGAGGAGUAGUAAGAGGGAAGAGAGGGGGGAAGGGGGAGGAGGUACAAAUUUCAAAGGAGAAGAGGAUGGGAGAGAGAGGAGGAGUAGCAAGAGGGAAGAGAGGGGGGCAGGGGGAGGAGGAGGAGGAGGUAGGAAGGAAGUGAGACAGAAGAAUGAGAAAGAAGAAAGAGAUGGCAACUCAGAAAUGGAGAGGGAGAGAGGGACGAAAGAAGGUUAUGGACUGAGUAACGGUAAGCAAAUGAGGAGGAGGAGGAGGAGGAGGAGUACGAGUGGAAGCAGGAGGAAGAGGGGGAGGAAGAGAGAGGAGAGGGAGGAGGAUGGGGAGAAGAAUGAUGAGGAAAUCGAAAGAGACGGUACGCUGGAGAAGGAGAAGGGAGAGUCGGCGAGUGGAGGCGGUGAGGAGAGCAGUAGUAGGAGCAGCAGCGGGAGGUGGAAAAGGGAGGGGCAGAAAAGCAAAGACGGACAGAAGCAUGGACCAGAAGGAGGAGCAGAUGGCUUUUUACAGAGGCAACAGAGAGUCUCGUUAAGGAGAGGAGACAGCAGCACAAGCAACAGUAUGAGCGGACGCCUUAGGGGGGGAGGAGAGGGCAAGAAGAGGAGGAAUAACAAAAACGACGGACGGAAGGAUGGGGGAAAGAAGCAACUCCAAGAGAGAGAGAAGAGAAGGAAACGAGGAGGCGAUGAUAGGAGAGAGAGGGAGGAGGAGGGUGGGCGGAGCGCGCAGCAAGCAUCUUCCAGGCAGAAAAUGGAUUCAAAAAGCGUUAGACACGUAACGUCGUCAGAGGGUGACAGCGAUCAUUACAGCAGUACGAGCAGAAGCAGGAGCAGUAGAGAGGAGGGGACAAAAGGAAAGGGGAGUAGAAAGAAAGACGGAGAGAAGGAGGCGGUGGGAGGAAAGCAACACCACUUCCCAGACAGUGAACUGGGAGAGGUGGUCAACGGAGGAGGAAGUGGUAGAAAGAAGAGGAGGGAGAGUGAGCAGAAGGACCGAGUUGGAUAUCAUCACACGGAUCAGACCGUUAGAUAUAUCAAAUCAUCGAACGGUGAUAAGGACAGCGCUACGCGGAGGAGCUGGACGAGGAGAGAGGAGGAGAAGAAGGGGGGAAGGAAUAAGAAAGAUGGGGAGGAGGAGGUGGUGGAAAAGGGAGCUCUGCACCAACCGGAGAGCAAGAAGGGAGAGAGGUCAAAAAGAGGAGGCGGGGUUAGCAGUAGGAGGAGGGAAAGCGAGCAGAAGCGUGGUCAGGUCGCGGAUCGAACCCAGUCCAUUCGGACGGACCGUGCUCAUCAUGAUGACAACAACGUGGCAACAGCAACCGACGUGUCUUCUCCCUCUCCCUUUCCCUCUCUCGCUCCCUCUGCCUCCCCCUCUCCCUCUCUCUCUCUCUCUCUCUCUACCGCCCCCUCUCCCUCUCCUCCACUGCCGCCAGGGCCGCAGCAUACGAAUCGGACCUCGAAGCUGGGGAGGAAGAGAUGGAGCCACAGGAAUUCAUCCGGGCAAGAGAUCGCUGGCAGGUCAUCAAGCCAUACCACACACUCAUCAUCGUCGUCGUCGCACGAGGAUCCUCCUCGUGGUCAGAGAUCGCACGAGCGCCCUCCACGUGGACAAACGACAGCUCAUCAGGAUGAUUAUCACCGUCGCAGGCACUCAAAGAACAAGAGGAUCGCCGACGAGCCUCAAUCACAAGCGGCCAAGGAGAGGAACUGGAACCCGCGGGCGAUGGAUUCGAAAUCUAUCAGUUUGCAGCUGGCUGAUGUCAAAGAGGUCGAUAGACAUCAUGGCGAUGGUGUCACUUCCACGCGAAAGGUGGGCCGCCAUGGCAGUCGCUCCGGGAGUGCUUUGCCUGGAGCGGCUGCUGGAGCUCAAGCCUCUGCAAGAGCUUCUGCCUCUGCAGCUUUGCCCGCAGCCUCCUCGAACGGCCUUCAUGAUGAUCGUCAUCAUCACGACGACAGACGUCACUCUGUCACGGGUGAAAGAAAGUGCUUUGCAACCUUGCACUGCACGCUGGAGAAGGGGGAGGAGGUGGUGGAGGAGGUGGUGGAGGAGGUGGUGGCGGAGGUAGUCGAGGAGGAGGAGGAGGAGGAGGAGGAGGAGGAGGAGGAGGAAGGGGGUAACUUGUGCAGAGAUGAGGGCCAUGCUAAUGGAAUGGAUUGCUUUGGUACCGAUGACGUCAUCCAUUUGACACAUGCUGAAGCUGACGAUGCUCAGCAUCAUCAUCAUGGUCUUGAUGAUCAUCGUCAUCAUCCUUACAAUAAUCAUAGUAGUAUCAACGGUGGGAGCGAGGGGGAUAUCAGCAGCUGCGGGAUUUGCUGCAGGAACGUGGGGGUCCAAUCCACAACAACAACAACAGUAACGCCCAACCUCAAGAUCGCCGCCAUGCAUGCAAACUCCACCUCCUCCAUGGAAACUUCCACGAUGGAACCUUCUUCCAACGGGUUGUCCUCGCGCCAGACUUACAAGCACCCACCUCAUGCUGACGUGGCAAUGAAACAGCGAUGCGAGCUCUGCUCGUGGGAGGGAAAUCGUCUGGCGUCAGCGCAGGACGAUCGUUAUCCCGCCGAAAGCCACUGCGACUGCGACUGCAGUGCCUGCUGUGAGGAGGAGGAGGAGGAGGCGGAGGAGGAGGAGGAGAACAAUGCGAAAUCGAAUGGUCAUCAGGAAGGCAACGGCGUGGUCGGGAUCCCGACAUUGGAACCUGAGGACUCCUUGCAGGCAUUGCUAGAUUUGGAAAAACUCGUGAACGAGCAGCACUCGGAGAUGGUGCGUAGCAAGGUCAUCUUGUCAGCUGGAGAUAGUCAUUUUGAGAGACUAAGUCCACCGGCCACUCGCAGUAGACGCAGUAGCGAUCCCGCUGUGAAAAAGACGACGAAGGGAUCCCGACGAGUUGAUACCCUCUCCCAGCUUCUGCAACAAGCAAUCAAUGAUCGAUCGGAUGAGCCGAAGAAAGAGGGGGUGAUGCCACGUCAGCUCGGGCAAGCAGUAGUUGACUCGGGGGUAGGAGCUGGAACGAAGGGUGCUGGGAGUAUGCCACGUCAGCAGGAAUCUCUGGGCGCCACGUGGCUGGACGAGAAUGACCGGUCUAGUUCGGAUCAAGGAACCCAAGCGAGAGCAGGGAGCUGGAAGGAAGCAUCGGCUCGUCUCGAUCCCUUUGCAGGAGGAGGACCCGACGAUCGUCUUUUGUCGUCGGCCAACGGCACAGCAAAACCCGCUGAUGGUCUCGUGAUGCCACAUCAGCAGGUCAUAGAGAUACGUCAGCAGCUACACGAGCGUCAUCGGCCACGUCAUCAGGAUGCCUAUCAUCGUGAUGGGAACGGCGAAGUAACCGAAGUUUCGUGGAAAGAGCAGGGAGGCAGGGACCUGUUGGCGUUGUUGACCUCGAUAUCUCAGCUGACGACCAGUUCGGAGGAUUUUACCAACCAAAGUCAAAGUCGAAGUCCAAGUCAACGCAGAGAUAUGGCCCGGGCAAAAGAAUUGUCACUGUCCUGCGGCCAGUGCCAUCACAAGAGAGAGGGAGCCCGUUGGGUUGGCAAAUUACAGAGAUCAACGGAUCACGUCGACCAGAAACCCGGACACCCUAAAUGUCUUUGCUCGAACGAGAUGCUGAAGGUGCAGGUUGUCAUGGCUCCCUCCUGACAUUCAAUAACCGUUGGACAUAACACACCCCCACCGGACCCGACUGGUAGCUUGUAUAUAUAUAUUUUUUUGCAUUUUCAGCGUUAUGCCUGGAAGGGAUUUUGAAACACAAACCGUGACUGCGCCCUAGUUUUCCCUAACCUCUCUCUCUUUUUUUUCUCUUUUUUUUCCCCUAACCUCUUUCUUUUUUUUUUUUUUUUUUUUUUUUUUUGAAGCAACUUCCGGAUUGGCGCUACCAGGCACCGCUAGCGCCGUCGGGAGGGCUCCAUCUAUUGGUGGGGAGCAGCACCUGCUGGAAAACGGGUCCAGCGUCCCUGUACAUGGUAAUCGUAUAAAUGAGCUGUCCAAAGUUUGUGAAGGGUGAUAGUGUAUGUGCUGAAUCAAGUGUGUAGUGGUGAGCAGCAUUGAUUGUCUUUCUGAGAGGGGAUUGAGUGCUAGAGCACACCGUGUCUAUGCUGGAAAGUGGAAAGCGGGUCCAGCGUCCCAUUGUCCUGUGGUCAACAAAACCUCCAAAGCAAA